AUGGAUGAAAUUAAAUACAAUACUCCAAGUAUUAUCAAACUAGGAUCAUUCGCAGGCAAAAUUAAAUAUUGUAUAAUAGAUACAUAUUUUAUUCCUCUAGUCAAAAUUUUUAAGCUAAAAAUUACCUAUGAUAAUAAGCAAUUGAUUGUAAUUGCAAGCGAUGGAUUACAGCAUAUUCCAUUACAUGAUUUAAUUUGGGAAUAUUUUAAUCGAUACCUCAUACCUGAAAACUAUUCAAUUUAUCAUCGAAAUGGUAUUACAAUGGAUAAUCGUUUAGAAAAUUUAUUGUUAAUAUCGAACAAUAUGUCUUAUUUGCCAUUGAAAUCUUGUGGAUUAUCAAGUUUUUAUUGGCGAAUUAUUUCCUAUUUACCAGUGGAUAUGGAUGAAGUCAAUUAUCAUAAUACAAUAUUAAAUCAAUCUAGUCUAUAUGAAUGUCAUAAUGCACCAUGCACACAAUUACUAAUGAAUUCGUGUGAAGAACAGUUUAUUUGUCUUAAAUGCAAGAAAAUAAAGUAUUGUAGUCAAAUGUGUCAAACAAUGGAUGCAGAUAUUCAUUCGAUAUUUUGCAAUCCGACGAAUGCAAUAUAA